CUGCCGCGCGCGCGCCAUGGAGGGCGGCGGCCUCGGCGCCGUGGCCGCCGCCGCCCUGGCGCUGCCCGCGCCGCAGCGGCGCGAGCUGCUGCUGCGGCUGCUGCGCGCGGAGGAGGCCCAGGCGGGGCCGUGCCUCGGCGUCACCGCCUUCGCGGCCAGCGCGGCGGCCGAGGGCCACGCGCGCGCCGACUUGGGCACCGGGUCCCAGUACAACCCGGUGCCGCUGGGCGGCCUCGGCGACGCGUUCGGGUGCCCCUGGUGCCGGAGGCCCCUGCGGCUCCUGGCCGCCGAGCAGGCGGGCGAGUGCUCCUCGGGCGGCGGCGGCUCCGAGGCCCCGAGCGGCGCGCUCGGAGGCGAGACGCCGCCGCUCCUGCCCCUCCGGUCGGUCGUCGCUUGCGGGCACGGGGAGGACGCGGUCUGCACCCUGCUCUACGGGAGCAGCCCGAGGUAUUUCUUCGGCGCCUGCGUGCUGGGCGCGAGCCUCUCGCGGCACGACCCGGAGGCG